AUGAACUACCUAAUUGGAUUGAAAUCUGAAGAAAAUGAUUUAAUAGAACCUACAAGUUGUUCUUUUAAAAUAUACGUACAUGGAACAAUUGCUAGAUUUUAUGUUGAAAAACAAGACUAUCAAUUGGCCAUUAAACAUUAUGAACACGCAUUGUUAACUGGAGAAGAGGAACAUGAAAAUAAUAUUGAUGAUGAAAGACAAAUAACUAUUGCAAAGUUUCACUGUAACAUUGGUCAUUGUUACGAAGCUCUUGAAGAUUACAGAAACUGUUUAGGACAUUAUAAAAAGUCUUUAGAAUUUAAUACUUUAGAUUCAUUACUUAAAGCCAAUGUAUAUUUUACAAUGGCAUCUAUCUAUGAAAAUAAUGAACAACAGUAUAAUUUAGCUAUAGAAUAUUAUAGAAAAUCGUUAAUAAUCGAAUCAAAUGAUAGUAAUGAAGAUAAGAAUAAGGAAUUAAAUCUUGCAUCAUUAAAUAAUAGUAUUGGAUGGUGUUAUUGUAUGUUAAAUAAACAAAAUAUUGCUUUGGAAUAUUGUCAAAAAUCAAUAAUUAUUUAUGAAACUACUAACAAUAUUGCUAACGCAGAUUAUUUAAAUGUUUGUGGUAGUUUAGCUUUAAUUUAUUAUCAAAUUAAUGAUUACGAUGCAGCAUGGAAUUAUUGUAUUAAAUCAUUGUCAAUCAAAGAAAUACUCAUGAAUAAUGAUUUAUGCAUUAUUGGAUGGAUUUAUGAAAUAUUGGGUAAUAUUUAUUUGUAUAAUAAUGAUAAAACUCUUGCAUUUAAUUGCUAUAAACAUUCAUUAGAUUUAUUUCGAAAACAAGACCAAUCCAAUGCUACAGUUAAUAAUAUUAAACGUAUCAAACAGUUAUUGAAUCAAUUUAAUAAUAGCAAUGAACCUUUAAGAAAAAAACAAAAAUUAUGCUAA